UUUUAUAUAGAAUGAAACGAGGAAAAAUGGCCAGCGACACCAUUAUUGGUUUAUCAGUAGGAGAACUGGGGGAGUUGUCAAAGAGGCCCAAAAAUUCAGGAGAUGAAUCAACAAAGAUGUCCAAGUCACAUGACUGGGGACAUUUACUACCAGAUAUAAUACUACAGAUUUUUCAGUAUUUGCCUCUCUUGGAUCGUGCACAUGCUUCACAGGUGUGCAGGAACUGGAACCAUGUUUUUCACAUGCCUGACCUGUGGCGCUGCUUUGAAUUUGAACUUAAUCAACCAGCUACUUCUUACCUGAAGGCAACACAUCCUGACCUUAUCAAACAGAUUCUAAAAAGACAUUCAAAUCAUCUCCAGUAUGUCAGCUUCAAGGUGGAUAGCAGCAAGGAAUCGGCAGAGGCUGCAUGUGAUAUUCUCUCACAACUGGUAAAUUGCUCCCUAAAAACACUUGGACUUAUUUCAACUGCAAGACCAAGCUUUAUGGACCUACCAAAGUCACACUUCAUAUCUGCACUUACAGUUGUGUUUGUCAAUUCAAAAUCCCUCUCAUCACUUAAAAUUGAUGACACUCCAGUUGACGAUCCAUCGCUAAAAGUGCUAGUGGCAAAUAACAGCGACACACUGAAACUUCUGAAAAUGAGCAGUUGCCCACAUGUUUCUCCUGCAGGAAUCUUGUGCGUAGCUGACCAGUGUCAUGGAUUGCGGGAGUUGGCAUUGAACUAUUAUUUGCUGAGUGACGAGCUCCUCUUGGCACUGUCUUCAGAAAAGCAUGUUCGUCUGGAGCAUCUGCGCAUUGAUGUAGUCAGCGAAAACCCAGGACAAACCCACUUUCAUACCAUUCAGAAAAGCAGCUGGGAUGCUUUAAUAAAGCACUCUCCUAAGGUGAACUUAGUCAUGUACUUUUUCCUUUAUGAAGAAGAGUUUGAUCCCUUUUUCCGUUACGAGACACCAGUUACACAUCUGUACUUUGGAAGAUCAGUAAGCAAGGAAGUGCUUGGCCGCAUUGGCAUGACAUGUCCUCGGUUAGUGGAGCUUGUUGUGUGUGCCAAUGGACUUCGUCCACUUGAUGAAGAACUGAUCCGCAUUGCAGAGCGGUGCAAAAGCCUGACGGCCAUUGGACUUGGGGAGUGUGAAGUCUCUUGCUCUGCUUUUGUAGAGUUUGUAAAGAUGUGUGGUGGCCGUUUGUCCCAACUUUCCAUCAUGGAGGAAGUAUUAAUCCCUGACCAGAAGUAUAAUCCGGAGCAAAUUCAUUGGGAAGUAUCCAAGCAUCUUGGCAGAGUCUGGUUCCCAGACAUGAUGCCUACUUGGUAGGAUGUGAACACUCUUUCCAGUGGGUUCAUGGAAGAGCACCUUCAUUCUUCAAUAUAUUGCAUGGCAAGCUAAUAAACUCUUCUACCAGUCUUUGUUCUUUCUUUUUGCUUUUAUUUAAAAUGUGUGCAGGAAUUAAUUUAUUCAAUUCACAAUUCUAAUAUGAAAUAACUAGGGACCAUUGCACAGCUUUUGUUUUUCUGUACAUCCCGUGGAUUGACUUAAAUAAUAAUUGUGUGAAAGCUGGACCAGAGAAAUGUACUUUGCUUAGCAUCAUGUCCAUGGAUUUUGCUUCAAAGCAUUUAGCUUAGUAGAAAACCUGAGUCAGACAAUGUAUACACUUCAUUUGUAGACCUCAUUUCUGCCAGUGUGUUUUGCCAAAGGCAAGGAGCAUCUUUUGCACUUACAUGAUGUGUCUGUCGUUUGUAUGUAAUUAAUAAAUAAUCCCUUCUCUCGUUUUCACCAUAA